AUGGGUCCAAAGAAGAUCCCCGCCGCGGCCAAGACUGCCAUUCGCCGUUCCACUCGUAACGCCACUACCCAGCACACUGAAGAUGCCCCGGUAAAGAAGAUUGCCGCGAAAAUUACCAAGGCGCCGAAGGCCAAGGUCACCAAGGCCAAGGCCACCUCAGACACUGUUGAACCCGCCCCAAAGCGUCGCGGUCGCCCCCCGAAGAACGCUCCAGCCCAGACUGAGCCAGAUGCGCAGCUGGAUCAAAACCUCGCCGACGCCGUUCCUGAUGUACCGAAGAAACGAGGCCGCCCGACUAAGGCCGCUGCACAGGCCAAACCAGCCCCGGAGCCACCCAAGUGGCGUGGUAGUGUCGCCAAAGUUGCCGUUGCCAUCGAGCCGAUUGAGGAGGAGCUUCCGAAGAAGCGCGGCCGGCCGGCGAAGAUCGCAGUGCAGGUCGAUGUCGUUGAAGAGGCCCCUAAGAAACGGGGCCGCGCCACCAAAGUCGCUGCACAGGCUGAGCCCACGCCGGAGCUACCCAAGAAGCGUGGCCGAUCCGCCAAAACAACUGUGGUCGCCAAGCCGAUUCAGGAGGGACUGCCAAAGAAGCGUGGUCGACCUGCCAAAAUAGAACCGGUUCUCGAAGUCGUUGCGAAGGCACCCAAGAAACGAGGCCGCCCUGCGAAGGUCGUUGAGGAGACUGAACCUGCCCCAGAGGCACCCCGGAAGCGCGGUCGUGCUGCCCAGAAGACCGAAGAAGAGCGUCCGAUUCUGACGCCAAAAACUCGACGUCGUGCAGUAGCCACGAAAUCAGCACCUGCGCAAAAGACUGCGAAAAAGCCCGUCAAUUCGGCCCCGGUGAAGGUUCCUACUGGCAGGCCAUCCAGGAAGCGGACUGCCCCCGAUGAAGCUCCUGUCUCGGCAGCGAAGAAACCGCGGAAGGCCGUUUCGAAGGCUGCCCCCAAAGCAGCAGCCAAGACCGCCAAGCCUCGCGGUCGGCCAAAGGGGUCAAAGAACCAGCCAAAGACCCCUGUGGCUGCCCCAGCGGAGGGGCCGGUUGUUGAAGAAGAAGUCCCGGUUAUGGUACCAGAAGAACCGGUUCUUCAGGAAGAAGAGUCCCUUGACAUCGCCAUGGAGGACGCCGUUGCGGGAGCAGAAGAACCCAUUGCGUCCAUGCCGCCGGCCGAAGAAGAACACAUUGCGUCCGCCCUUCUGGCCGAAGAAGAUCACGUUGCGUCUACCCCUCCGGUCGAAGAAGAACCAGUUCUGGAGACGCCUGCUGCGCAAAUCGAGCCGGAAGAGUCCUCGUCAGUCAUAAACAACGACGACACUGGCCUAUCCGCGGUCCGCGCCGCGUCCAUUCCACCACCAAAUGGCUUCGCAGCCAUGACGUCGCCUACCCCAAUCGGCGACAACACCGCCCAGAACCCGGCCUCCUCCCCCCCUCGGCGCAGCCCCCCCGUCGUCAAUCUGGCGACUUCUUUGAACGGAAGCCACACCCGUUCUGCUGCCGGCUCCCGCGUGGCGUCGCGCGCUGCGUCCCCGCUCUCGUCGCGACGUGGCUCGCGAGCGGGCUCGCUCUUGCCGGGCGAGAGGUCGUUCGCGUCGCUGUUUGAGUCCCCAGUUGUGUCCAAGAAGAUCAACAAGAGCGGACGGAGCGUGUCGCCGCAGGCCCAGGGCGAGGCCAUGAGUGGGGUCGAAUACGGCACUACUGUUGACUAG